ACAAAGCCGUUGUCAUUUUUUUCUCGUUUCCUUCUCCGCUGACAUUUCAAAGCUGUUUCCUUGACCGGAAGAAGAGAUCGACCAUGACGCUCCAGCUCGCCAGCGAGGAGAUCGAUAAGCUGACGAGCCGCAUUUAUGAUUUGUUACCGUUCUUACUCGUUGUAUUGAGCAUCCUGGCGCUCUUUUAUUUGUCUCCAUCAAAUGGAGCAAGCGUUGCGCCGCCACCGACCAAUGCCAAACCCGACGAUGCUAUCGAAGCCGACGACCAACACAACAAUGCUAGCGAUUCCCAUCCCAACGAUGCUGGCGAUCUUCAACUCAACGACGCUACCGAAGACCAACACGACAAAGCCCCACCGACCAAUGCCAAACCUGACGAUGCUAGCGAUGCAAAACCCGACGACGCCAGCGAUUCCCAUCCCAACGAUGCUGGCGAUCUUCAACUCAACGACGCUACCGAAGACCAAUCCAGCAAUACUAGUGCAACAACAUCCGAAAAGCAUCCAAAGAAGAACCCAGCGGAUGAUCUCAUUUGUCCCAUCACGAGAGAGCUCCCUUGGGUGCCUGUGACCGCUGCAGAUGGUCGAACCUAUGAAAGAGAGGCCAUCAAGACCUACUUCAAGACACAACGGGAAAAGGGACUACCAAUCAAGUCACCAUUCACCAAUGAGACCAUGAAUGACAAACUCUUGCCUGCCCCACAUAUCAAGAGUUUGAUUGAGACUCUGAUUGAGAACAAUGUCAUUGCAGGAGACCUCCUUGAAGCUUGGAACAAGAGAAUCGAGGGGGAAGAGGAAAAGGAAGACUUGCUCCAAGAAGCCAAUGAUGGUGAUGGAGACGCCAUGUACGCAGUGGCAUGUCAUUAUGAAAAAGGAACAUGGGGCUUUCCAGAGGAUCCGUCAUUGUCCUUCGAAUGGUACAAGAAGUCCCAUCAAGCUGGCAAUACAAGAGGAACCGCUUGUCUUGGAAUGGCGUUUCUAGGAGGUCGAGGUGUAGAACGAUGCCAUCCACUUGGGAUGAUGUACCUUGGGCAGGCUGCAACUGCUGGGUCAAGUUUUGCUGCGUGUUGGUUGGGAACUUGCUUAGCUAAAGGAUACUAUGGAAUGCCUGUGAAUGAGAAAGAGGGCAUCUUUUGGCUCCGCAAGAGCUUGGGAGUUUGUGCUUACCCCCACAUGUCCAACAACACGAAAAUUGACGCAGUGCUGCUGCUAGAGAAAUUGCUGGAAAGCCAAAAUGAGGACUCAGAUGCAGAUGACAAUUAGCUUGACUGGUCUACAUCAAUGGCUCCCCUUCACGACUCUGGCUCUCUGCAAAGUCACAUGUUCCCGCAAUCCUUUCUCCGUGAACCGUCUUCUCGUCUGCCCAGUCGAACCACUAGCUAGUAGCUAGCUCUAGAUAUUCUAGCUAAAUCUCCUGAGCUUUGUGGCUGCCUUGGCCUGAACCAGUGAAAUGUGAAAACAAUUGUCUUGGCUACAAACUGGAGGAUUGAAACCAAACCGUUGCCUUCCAAGUGAGGGUUCAACGAGGUGAGGUAACGGCGAGUGAGGAUCUUUCGGGUCUUUGUCUUCGCAGACCAUUCAUUCAUAUCGUCUUGGUGAUCGAAGGGGACGAUGGCAUAGGCCUUCCAUUGGCAACGUCCUGGUGGGGCUACAACCUGGACGCUUGCAAUGCAUCGAGCCUGUUGAGAACAAAAACAACAGGCCACUACAAUGAACAGAUAGCGACAUGAAAAACUUGCUAGAGACUCUGAUUCAUGAUGCCUGGUGAGGUCGUCGAAGCAGAUACAUGAUGAGCAAUAGAUAUAAACUCCAGAGCUAUGUAUUCAAGUUGGGGCUGUACCGGUACGGUACAAAGCAUUCGAUUCGCAGCCAGAGCCGCAAGAUCAUGGGAUGCUCAUGGAUGAUGCAACGACAGGGCCCCGACCUCGUACUUGCAGUCUGCUGAUUCUAACGAACGCCUUGGGCUGUCGGUCAACACAGGCGGAGAGGAAGGUGAACCACCUUCAGCACCAUAGUCAAACUCUUCCGGCUGCUUUGCCACUACAACCCGGCAAACAUCUCGGCUCGUCCAACCAGCAUCAUCGGUGGCCGUCACAUGGACUUCGUAUACUCGCUCCUGAGUACCAUCCCCGUGACAAAAGCCAUUGAGUUUUCUCUCGCAUCUUGUGGCCUGCACGUGGAGCUCUGCCUUCUGGGCGGAACCAUCCUUGGGCCUUGUUUUAGCCAAGUAAGCGCUGACAUCCUCGUCCAACUCGUUGCUGAACACCUUUACGUCUACUUUCAACGCUUUGGAGCAUGCGUCCGUAAUCUGGUAAAAAAGCUCCGUAUUAACAGCUCGCUUU